GCCCGGGGAGGCCUGGCGGGCGGUGGCCGGGCUCCAGCCGAGGACUUGGGCUGCCUCCUGGACGUCGCUUCGGGAAAAGCCGCGCGCGGUUUCCCAGGGAACUGGAGGCUUCCUAAGGUUACUCGUGAGGAGGGAGAGUUUUUUUUCCCUCGGGUGGGAGCGGAGAAAGGCCGCCCUGCGAAACUGGCAGGCGAUUCAAGACCAGUAACUAGCCCGGAUCCAGCCAAUUACCUGGGUUCCAUUGAAACAUAUGGGCAUAGCUGCCAACUUUUCCCUUUUCUUGCGAGGAAUCCUAUUCGGAAUAAGGGAUUUUCCAAGAAAUCCCAACUUUAAUGAAGUGGCAGGCAAAAAUGUUUGAAUACAUAGAAUUGGCGAAAUUGACUUUAUAAGAUUCGGAACCAAAGUUCAAAAAGGAUUGGAGUAAAUUUGUUGAAUGUAUACGGAGUAAUUGUGAGAAUUUAAAAACUGUGGCAGGGUUAAUGUAAAUCUUGUGAUGUGGAUGGAGUGUAAAUAAGAAACUGUAAGAAAAGAGUUGAGACAUGAAAACCGUUGAAGGGAUAGAAGGAAGUCCGGGCGCAAUAAGGCUCAGGGUAAAUAAGAAGACAUACAAAUUUUUGAAUAUUUUCCCACUAACCAAUGUCAGGAAAUGGUGAUGGCACCAUUCCAAGUCCCUCUGUGGGAUCUCUGUCAGAGAUUGAGGUCCUGCCCGAUCAGCCAAAGUAUGUGUGCUCAUUGUCCGCUGAGCUUGUCGCCAAGGCACGUGAAGAGCUGCAGGAAAAACCUGAGUGGCGGCUUCGAGAUGUUCAAGCCCUCAGAGACAUGGUGUGCAAAGACUAUCCUAACCUGGGAACAUGUUUAGACGACGCUUUCUUGCUCAGGUUCCUUAGAGCCCGGAAGUUUGAUUAUGAUCGGGCACUUCAGCUUCUUGUGAACUAUCACUGCUGUAGGAGGAGUUGGCCUGAAGUUUUUACUAACCUGAAACCGUCUGCUAUAAAGCCUGCCUUAGAGUCUGGUUUUGUCACUGUGCUUUCUCACUUAGAUACUGAAGGACGCCAUGUUGUUUGCAUUCGCCCAGACAGAUGGAUCCCAAGUAACUACCCAAUUACUGAAAAUAUUCGUGCCAUAUACUUAACAUUAGAAAAGCUCAUUCAGUCUGAAGAGACCCAGGUGAAUGGAAUUGUUAUCCUUGCAGACUACAAAGGAGUCAGCCUAUCUAAGGCAUCUCAUUUUGGUCCCUUUAUAGGCAAAAAAGUGAUUGGAAUUCUUCAGGAUGGCUUUCCUAUUAGAAUAAAAGCUGUCAAUAUUAUAAAUGAACCUCGAAUAUUCAAGGGCAUUUUUGCCAUCAUCAAACCCUUUCUGAAAGAGAAAAUAGCAAAUCGGUUUUUUCUUCAUGGGUCAGACUUGAGCUCUCUUCACCACAACCUUCCACCAUGGAUCCUACCUGAAGAAUAUGGGGGCACUGCAGGGAAACUGGAUAUCUCUGCCUGGAAUGAGCUGCUGUUGGCCUCAGAAGAUGACUUCCUGUAUGAUGCUUCUCUUCUGGCUCCCUCCACUGACUCUUCUCCUCUCGACCCAUUAUUGACUGGGGAGAUUGAUGAGAAGCAAUGUGAUGACUCUUUGCGAAGCUUGAAAACGCAACUCUAUUCCUGCUAUUAACAUAGCAGUUAAAGCUUCCAAAAGGUCACCUUCCUGUUUACAAAGGGAUUACGAACUCUGCCUUGUUCUUAGGUAGACUGUAGCGUAGGCGUAGAGACAGCUGAGGGAGGCACUUUACAUUGGAACCAAAGCAAAUUAAAAAGGGGAAGCCAUGGAGCAAGGUGAAGUUCUACCGCAAUCCAGGAGAAGGGUGCAGUUUUGAGGCACCGUAAACGUGGUUUCUUGACCCUUUGCAAACAGCAGCAUCUCCUAAGAUUACACUUAUGUGACUUAAGGAACGUUGCUAACGCCAAGGUUUUAAGCACAAUUAUUUGGAAGCAAGUUGCUCUGAAAUUAAUGAGACCUGCUUCCAAAUGGGCAAGUUUAGGGUCAAAGUGCUAGACUUUCUCAGGCUGAAAAGAGCUAAAAUGGCCAACAGUUUUGACAAAGCGGAAGUGUCAUAAUGCAUUAUACAGUACUGACUUUCCCUAGAGAAGAAAUAAUAUUGGUUGUGUGAUAUAAUGGUAGCUGUUUUACGGCAGGCUAGUUUCUAGGAGUAAAUGCCGGGCUGCCAUUCUGAUACACUUUGGUUUGACAUGCUCUGAUGAUCGCUAUCGUUAUUCAGUUAUUUCCACAUAUAAGCAUAUUCUCUUCUCUUGUAGGGGGUGUGUUGCCACUGAGAUGCAAACCUUAGACUUGAAUCUUGCAGACAGGGUUUGCAAAUGCAGUGGGUAUCCUUAAAACCACUGAAAUCAAUGAAAGCACAUGUUCACUCUGCCUAAUAGAAAGCAUUAAAGAAUCUGUACACCGUUUUUAUGCCCAUACUUGAAUUUGUACCAGGACCAACUGAAAGGGACAGGUAAUUCUGCUUAUUAGCUUAGCUGCCAGUUAAUACCCCGCCUUAGUUAUAGAAUUCUAUUACCAUAGGUCUUGGGGGGGGGUGUAAUACAGAAACUGUCAUAGUUGUAGAUGUCUGUCCAGCAAAGCAAGGAUGCGUGUUUAGACGUGUUUAUUUCCGAGUCUCUGUAAACCAAAUGGACAGGGUAUUUUACAAGCACAAUUUCUGUUUUGUAAAUGUAACUAUUUUCCGUUCAGUGUGUGUGUGGAGGGGGGGAUGUUAUCAGUUGGACCUCAGUGCUAAAUUGGCUUCCUUUUACAAAGGUCACUUUCUGUCCGUCCUUCAUGGUUGUCCUUGUUAAUGUGCAUUAGUGCUUUAUGUCUUCCUUUUAUUCGUGGCUUAUCUCAUGUGUGUUUGGUCUUGGAGUUAUGUACGCAACUUCCUCUUCUUUCAUAGUCUUGAGUUGUAGAUUAACCUAGAUAUUUGUGACAUCCAGCACUUCAGCCUGAAACCUUUGUGGAGAUUGAAUUGACUGCUGUUUCAUGUUUAGAGGGAGGCAGGUCAACACUUAUUACCACCUCAUCUAUUAGCACUUUCAACUAGAUGGUUGGAGCUAUUUGCGGAGGCUUUUACCUAGUGCCAACUACAGACCAGAAACUGGUGCUUAUUGUAAAUAUGAGAUAAGGUUUUCAGCUGGUGGACUUUUUGUAUUGUCAGUGCCAAACUUGUAUUUCCCCUCACAUUAAAAAAAAAAAAAGCAUAACCAUCUGCCUCUGUAUUGCCAAAAGGUGAAGCAAUUUUGUGUGCUUGAACUAGAGGCCCCAUUGAUUAUACUAUGUGGUAUGUUAUCAAAAAAGGCCAUCAUAGGCAUUUGAAACAGGUUUUAUUAUUAUUACGCAAAGCUUUUUACAAGUGUUCUGAAAUGGAUAUACUAGGUGUAAAUCUUUCUUCUGGCAGUCACAGGUAGCUCCUGUGCAUGUAAGAAGUGUGAAAACACGUGAUACUGAAUGAUGAAGUUCAUUAUUGUGCAGAAAAAGAUCUAAACUCAUCUUUUAAUUUAAACUGUCCCUCUAAGUUUGGGGCAAAUUAAACAGCUAGCAUAGUGUUACAGAAGUUAAGUUCAGGUAUUAUGUUUAUACUAAUGCACUAAUUUUUCAAGUAGAGAUAUUAGCAGCUAAUAUAUCUAAUGUACCCUCAACCUUUAUUUAAGAAAUUAUUUGGUCGUAUUGAAACAGUACCAGGCCUUAAGAAAGAGACAUUGGUGACCUACCACAACUGUCAAAUUGCCUUUAAGUCUAACAGAAAAUGAAAGAUACUUGAAUUUAUACAGUGGGCUUGACAGGCACUAUUAUAAUUUUUGAUGUUUUUUCCAGAAUAGUAGUUGAGGUGCUUUAUUUCUACUAUUCCAUCAGUCAGUUUUGGCAUUUUGCUAAGUAAAUUGUUUCAGUAUUGGUUUUGCCUUUUGCUGUAUGUAGAAGUCAGGUGUUUGGUUACAGUAUACACCUGUGAGAAUUUAUUUUUAUAUUGCAUUUUAUAAAAGGAAUAGUUUAAUUGUAACUUUAUGCAUGAGUGGAUAUUAAACCAUCUACCUUAA